AUGCACCCAACUGGGAACAUGGAUGUUGGCUUUUCUCGUUCUGCUGUUCAUACACUGUCAAGAAGCCACUGCAAAAACAUCAAGCAAAAAAUUUCCCAGUGGGAAGGAAGAGCUAAUGGUAUAUCUAACCCAGAUAAGUGGCAUCCAAAGGACUUUGGAGUGAGAUAUAAUAACUGUAAUCAAGAGAUUCUUAAGAAAACGCCUAUUGCUGAGGGAAAGAGCAAAAAGUUGGAUGUAACCAACACUCAAAAUGUUGUUCAAAGUAUUAAUGAAGAUGUCAAAAGCCACAAUCAAAGUGAGGAUGAAAGUGAAAAACCUGAAUAUGAUGAUACACGCUUAUUUAAAAAUGAAUCAGAACCCAACUGGGUGUGUUCUCGGGUCAAACAAAUUGAAAACUGGAAACAAGUUUUAGAUCCAGAGACUUCAUUACCUCCGGGAAAUUUCUAUACCUCACAAAUAUUGUGGAAGAAAAUAGAAGCACUUUCCCCAGAUAAAGUCUUAAAUUUGGCUUUAGAGCAUUGUGGCUCUUCAGAAAAAGAACUGAAUUUCAGAGUUCUGAAUAGUUCAUAUGGAGUAACGAAGAGCUUAGAAAACAUUUACUCUGAGCCUGAGGGACAAGAAUGUGGACCUUCUAUAAAUCCUUUGCCAAAACCUCGUAGGACAUUCAGAUAUUUAUCUGAAUCUGGCGUUAUGCCAUAUAAAGAAAGAAACUGUGAUGAAAAAUACUGUGAAAAUAAUUCUUGUGCAGAAUCUUCUUUGGCCUCCUCUCAGGAACCUGAACCAAAGAAAUAUGGUGGAAAAAUCAGAGGGAGAUCUAAAAGGAAAUCCUUUGAGUUUGAGGACAUUCAGCACUUUCGAAAUCGGAACUCACGGAAGAUUCAUGAAGAACUUGGAAGAAAUUCUGGCUCAGCACUUUAUUACACACAGUCUGAGGACAAUAUCUAUGAGGAUAUCAUAUAUCCCACCAAAGAAAAUCCAUAUGAAGACAUUCCAGUGCAGCCUUUGCCCUUGUGGAGAUCCCCUUCAGCAUGGAAGCUCCCACCCUCUAAAAGUGCUUUCAGAACACCCAAGCUUCCUCCCAAACCUCAUUUCCUUCACCGGAAGACUAUGGAACUAAAGAACUCACAAGCUUAUAUAAGGUCAAAGCUCACAAAGGAUACUACAUUGCCAGUCACGUUAACUGAAUGGAAGCUUUUCCGAGCUGGAGAAGUUGCAAACAGGAAAAGGAAAAAUCUUCCAAGGCUUGUAUUAAAAAUAGAUGAUAUAUUUGAGUCUAAGAGAGGGAAGAAAAGGGUAAAGUUACACCCUUACACUGGAAAAGAUGUACCUCCCUCUAAAGGUGAACCCAGUGGGUAUGAAAGUGACGCUGAGUAUCUACCAAAGAGUCGCCACAAGCGCAUAGCACAAAUGCAGCAGUCUUCCAAGAGGAAUCCGCACUACCAGACUUUAGAGCGGGAUCUGAUUGAAUUACAGGAGCAGCAGCUCUUUGAACUUUUUGUGGUGGUGUCUCUACAGAAGAAGCCGUCAGAAGGAAGCUACGUUCCCGAGGUCAUACAACAAUUCCCUAGCAAGGGUGAUCAUGGCUUUAAGCAAUCCAGAGACACUGAAGAGAGGCUCAAAGUUAUCCCCAAAUUUUGUUUUCCUGAUUCAGAAGACUGGGUGCCAACCUCAGAACUCAAGAGUGAAACCUUCUCCUUUGUCUUAACUGGUGAAGAUGGGAGCCGGUGGUUUGGUUACUGUAAGAAACUGUUGCCAGAAGGCAAAGGAAAGCGACUCCCUGAGGUAUACUGCAUGGUCAGUCGCCUAGGCUGCUUCAACCUUUUUUCAAAGAUUCUGGACGAAGUAGAGAAAAGAAGAGAAAUGUCUCCAGCUUUGGUUUACCCCUUCAUGCGAAGUGUCAUGGAAGCUCCUUUCCCAGCUCCUGGACGCACCAUCACAGUGAAGAGCUACCUCCCUGGGGCUGGAAAUGGGUCCAUUGAACUGUGCCGGCCACUGGACUCGCGACUGGAACAUGUUGAUUUUGAGUGUCUCUUUAAGUGCCUCAGUGUGUGCCAUCUCAUUCGAGUCUGUGCCUCUCUCCUUUUGGAGCGGAGGGUAAUCUUUGUCGCCAACAGCCUAAGCACCCUGUCAAAAUGUGGUCAUGCAGUGGUUGCCACACUGUAUCCAUUCACCUGGCAGCAUACCUACAUCCCAGUCCUGCCAGCAUCUAUGAUUGACAUUGUAUGCUCACCUACUCCAUUCCUUAUUGGAAUCUUGUCUUGCUCCUUACCACAGCUCCAGGACCUACCCAUUGAAGAGGUGCUGAUAGUUGAUCUCUGUGCAGACAAGUUUUUACAGGAGGUAUCUGAUGAAGAUGACAUUCUACCACCUAAACUGCAAGCUGCCCUGAUACAGAUUUUGGAAGAACGAAAUGAAAUAUUGGCUCAGGAGCAGAAUUUUUCACAAGAAGAUGUGACACUCAACUCUCUGGUGUCCGAAGCAUUUGUCAGGUUUUUUGUGGAGCUGGUGGGACAUUAUUCUUUGAGCAUGACUGUCACUGAGCGUGGGGAGCGUGUAUUCCAAAGGGAGCCAUUUCGUAAAUCUCACACCUCCCGAAGUGUACGCCACUUCCUGGAUCUCUUCAUGGAAACUCAGAUGUUUGCAGGAUUCAUCCAGGACCGAGAGCUUCGGAAAAGUGGGGUGAAAGGUUUGUUUGAGGUCAGGGCCCUCCAGUAUUUGGAAACAAUUCCUGAGUCUGAGCCCAGUGGAGUGAAUAGAAUUUUGCGAAGUCUUGGAAGUAAAAUGAAAUUUCUGCAGAAGAAAUGA